AUGCUGACCGUCAUCGAUAUGUCCAUCUACCAUCACCACAUCUGUGCCACGGGUGCUCUCAACGUUUCCAGCAUCGGAUCAAUGAGCUUGCUCGUGCUGCUUUGGCUGAUGGUCCCGACGCGUCUACUUCUUGCUCAUUUGGAACACUUUCUUCGGCCGCGACACGUUUACGUUUCCGACCACGUUUCUUCCCUGAUUCGCCUUCAUCUGCAAUACCAAAGGCAAAAGAGAAGUGGCCAAAGGACAAGAUAG